AUGCUGCCCAGUUCUCUGUUUAGCAUCUAUCAGCAAUACAAGGAAGACACCGACUCGGUGGCUUCCUGGCUUGCUUCGACAGCAAAGGCCCGCGGAUACCCUUCAAACUUACUCACACCUACUGGCAUCCAGACAAAGGGAGCGGGCCGCUUGAAAGGAAAGGCCAGAAGAGAUGCCAAGAAGCAGAAAGCCUCCGUUCCAACUCCUCUACAUACUAUUCCGAAGUACGUCAUUGCCGUCAAGGACUUUAUCCCUCUGGCUGAAUUCAUUUUCGCUUCGAAACCACUCAUCUCAGUUCCCCCUUCCUUCGCCGAAACUCUCGACAGAGUCAUACAUGUGCGGGCCAAGUUUGGCGCCCAACUAAUGGACAAUGGAAUGAAUCCAAGCACCAAAUCGGAUACUACUCAUUCCUUCUUCGUAGGGAUUCUGGAAAAGGUUAGAGAUGUCCUCAGGCCUCGUAUGCCCGCUGGAACUAAAUCUUCUCAUUCAUCGGAGGACUUGGGUAAUCGCUUCAGCGGUCUCAAAAUUUACGAAUCGUCCCCGGAGUUGCCAGAGAUCCCUGAUAUCGAUCGUCCAAAGAACGCACAAGGAGAUGACACCAUUUACGAGGCCGAACCUCAGACAUCGCUUGAAGAUGCUUUGGUAACGUACACGAUCAUGGUGAGCGACCUCAACCAGAUUAGGUCCUAUAUCGGAUGGAUUUGGUCCAAUUACCGAGAUGGACAUUUCGAUCUCGCCAACACUGCCGUUGCCACGAAUACUGGGAUCGAUCUGGCUCGAAAUCUUAUUGACCAAGUGCUCCCAAUUUUUGAAGAGCAUGGCGGUGCCAGCACUAUUUUGGAGAGGUUCUCUUUUAUCUGUGGUAUACGAGAUGGAUUUUCAGAGAAUGACAUUCUUUCAUGGGGCCCAGCUGGCAAAAAUGAAGAUGUUUAUGAUGUCGCGGACAAAACCUACCUGAAUGCCAGUCUUUUGCUUGAUGGCUUGGCUAGGGUGUUAUCUCCAAGCUAUUUACCAAUCUACAAGGAAGGCAUGUUUGGAACGUACGAUCCCCAGAGUGAUCGAACAUCCAAGAAAGGUCAAGCCAAGUUCAAAGAGGAUCAGAUCAUCCUAUCCGAGUUCUUCACCGAGGCCGUCACGCUCGCUUGUCUCGUUCCUAACUAUCCAGUUGAAGACAACUUCAUUCGAGGAAUCCGAGACCUGGAUGCUACUGGAAACAUACCCUUUUACCUUGUCUACGCCACCCAAAUCCUCUUGGACGUUCAUCACGUCAUCAGAGAUCGCGCAUCCAGUGCAUUAGACAGUCUGCUCAAGCACACGACUGCGAUGGACAACGAGCUGAGUAGCCAUAUCGAAUUCCACGAGAACUUGAAAAUUAAAAACUGGCCUGCUUCAAAUGAGCGCGCUCUCCGCGAAUUGAAAAAGUCCUUACAAUGGUUCGGCCAAGAUCCAGUCUUCCUAGCCAAACAAAUAGUCUCGCAAGGAGCUGCAGGCCUAGCUACGGAAUCUGGAAGACACCGUAUACUCGUUCACUCCCCAAUACUCUGCGGGCUUAUGCUAUAUCACUUCCGAGCUAAGAUGUAUAAUCUUGGUAUUGCCAUCAUGAACGCCUGGGGCUCGAUCACGUACCCUGCACAUCUGUAUAAUGCCCUUCAAAAUGAAGGCCUUCUCGAAGGACGUUGGAUAGAUAUGGACGUUGUCCAAACCUUGCUGGGAAGCUCCAACUUAUUCGUCGGUGAACAGUCGGAAAACAGGCAAGGCUACCUAAAACGCUUUCUUCUGCAGAUGGGUUACUCUGCUUCAACUUUCGCUGUUGCUGGAAACCGUCUACUACAGCGGCCUGGGAGACACCACGACCUGGCCUCUCGUGCUGGUCCACGCUGCAUUAAGGAUGGCGCUCCAGUAUCAUGCAUGUUUGUUGAAAGGUAUGUAAAAGGUUCAGGUAAGGAUGACCUGUCGCCCGAGCAUGUCGACCAGAUCAUCUGGCGUAGCAGGUUCCAGGAAGAAGGAUCAGAGACAAACAACACUCUCAUGCUUACUCCAAUCGAUGAUCGAGAGGAGCUGAGGAAGAAGCGCCAGCCAAGACAGGGUAAGAUGUCUGGAGAGGCCCAGUUGCCUCCAGGCGAACUUCUCAGGUCUCUGGUUUUAGCCUUGGGAGCGGAAACCUUAGAGUUCUCGUUCCCAUAUCUGCUCAUGCAUCGGCAGUGUUGGAAGUUCUUGCGUCUUGUCAAAGAUGCUUGUGACUUCACCUUGAAGCAGCUGUACACUGCCACUUACAUCGAGAAAGAGAGCGAACUACCGUUUGUUGUGGGGUAUAUAUUCAUGGCUGCAAGUGAUGAUCAACAAGGAAAGGGGAAAUUUCUGAUGCAGGCUGCUGCCAAGGUGCUCAAUGGCAUGAUUGAAGGUGGGGCAGGCGAAUUGGUGCUUCGUGUCGUACGCAACACUUAUGGGUUUCAAGUCCAGUUUGCUUCUGAGGAUAGCUCUGACGCCAGUGGUAGUGCUGAUGGCCUGUAG